AUGGCCCAGGAGUUAAAAAUACUUGUUGAACAGUCAAAGAGUACCAGAGUUCAGGUCCUGGCACCCUGUAGCAGUUCAGCACCGCGCUGGAGCGGUAGCGGCAGUGGCAGCGGGAGCCUGGGCCGCCGGCCGCGGCGUAAGUGGGAGGUGUUCCCGGGCCGCAACCGCUUCUACUGCGGCGGCCGCCUCAUGCUGGCCGGCCACGGCGGCGUCUUCGCGCUCACACUGCUGCUCAUCCUCAGCACCACCGUCCUCUUCUUCUUCUGCAACUGUCCCUACCUGGCCCGCAGACUGACCCUGGCUGUCCCCAUCAUCGCUGCCGUCCUCUUCUUCUUCGUCAUGAGCUGCCUCCUGCAGACCAGUUUUACUGACCCUGGCAUCCUACCCCGGGCAACCAUCUGUGAAGCAGCUGCUCUGGAGAAGCAGAUUGACAACACAGGCAGCUCCACAUACCGACCGCCCCCUCGGACCCGGGAGGUGAUGAUCAACGGGCAGAUGGUGAAGCUGAAAUACUGCUUCACCUGCAAGAUGUUCCGGCCACCCAGGACCUCGCACUGCAGUGUCUGCGACAACUGUGUGGAACGGUUUGACCAUCACUGCCCCUGGGUGGGCAACUGUGUCGGGAGACGGAACUACCGCUUCUUUUAUGCGUUCAUCCUCUCCCUCUCCUUCCUGACAGCCUUCAUCUUCGCCUGCGUGGUCACCCACCUGACUCUGCGUUCUCAAGAAAGCAGCUUUCUCUCCACUCUGAAAGAGACACCAGCAAGUGUGCUGGAGUUGGUCAUCUGCUUCUUCUCCAUCUGGUCCAUCCUGGGCCUCUCAGGGUUCCACACUUACCUCGUCGCCUCCAACCUAACAACUAACGAAGACAUCAAGGGAUCUUGGUCCAGCAGGAGGGGCGGUGAGGCCUCUGUCAACCCUUACAGCCAUAAAAGUAUUGUCACCAACUGCUGUGCUGUGCUCUGUGGCCCCCUACCUCCCAGCCUGAUCGACCGGCGGGGAUUCGUGCAGUCUGACGCUGUGUUGCCCUCACCCAUGAGAAGUGACGAGCCAGCCUGUGGGGCCAAGCCAGAUGCCAGCAUGUAUGCGCGGGGGCUGAAGGAGCUCCUGAGGACCGCCACUCUCUGCCUCUCCAGGAGUGGCCUGGGGGGAGCCAGGCACCCUGCGCCUCCACCUGCCUAACCUGUGGCCCGUCUGCCACCAUCUGUGCCUACAGGGUCUGCCCCCCAGCCUGUCCUACUUGUGUGCUCUCUAGAGCUCCCCACAGCGGGCAGGUGCUGACCUCCUGGCCCCUGCCCCCACUCCUUGCUGACCAGAGUAUAAAAAAGCCAUACUGCAGCCUCAACACAAUACACACUACUGUAACCCUGCCGAUCUUCCCCCUCUCCUCCUCCCCUCAUGCCCCUUCCCCAGAUGUGUGAGGUGUCAAGACUCUUCAGGAAUCUUGCCUUACAGCCUCCCCCCAGUCAGCAGAGCCAUAGGCAAGCCAAGCAGGUUCCUUCAGGAGCUAUCUGGGUGUCGACGCUGCUGAACAGGUUUGGGGACUGUUCUGAGCACAGCGGCUCAGCACUGUUCCCACGCCCCCAUCCCCCCAGGAGGAUGCGAGGUGUGAGCCUGUGUAUCCCUGGCCCCAGGCACCAAGGGCUGGCUACACAGCUCCACUUCUUCCAGGGACCCAAAGGGAACUGGGCCAGACCUGGGAAGACUAGCUGUGCCCAGCACAGGCCGCUCACCUGCUGUCCACUACCUUUUCUAACAGAAAUAAAGAGCCCUCUCUUCUUGCUGGAGCCUUGAGUGUGUCUCACCCCUUUCCUUUGGGGCCAUGGGUGCUGCCGGCUGCGGAUGUGUGAGAAUGACUAUCUCCCUCACAACCCUGGCCAGAUAGCGCUGCUCUGGAGACAGGCCCGGAGGGACAUGGGGAA